AUGACGGAGCUUCCUCCUAUCGGAAUAGAAGAUCGGCUAUCUUGUUGGGCAUAUUUGAUGAUAGUUGAGAAUAUGAAGCGCAUAGGUAUUCCUCCGGUGUUCCCAGAGAAGUUUUCGACCCAGUCUAUUCGACGGUUGCUGGCGCAGCCAUUGCCGUCGCACCAGAAGCUGGCGUCGUCGGUCUUGCUGUGGAGCAUCCCGACCGUGCUAUCCACUGUGCAGCCUUCCACACCUCCGAAGGCCAUGGGGACUGACCGGCUGUUGGAACCCCAGCGGCUGGCCUCGCCGGCGGCGGGCACUGGCAAGGACAAGCUGCGCGCUAUCCGCAGGUCGGGCUUCAAGUUCCGGCGGCGGAAGAGUCUGCGAGAAGAAAAUGAGAUGGCGGACGACUACCUGGAUGUGCUCCAGGACCCCACGGGCGUCGAUGACGUUCCCGUAUUCGAGUAUGAGGAUCCCGAUCAAUAUCUCCCUCCCCCUCUGCCCAUUGCGCCAACCAUGAGGCCCUACAUAAACCACGUAGUUCAGGAGUUCACCUCAGAGCUCGAACAAUACAAGGUCUGGGUUAUCUCUGGAAAAAUGGAGGUUCCACCAAUGCACAUUCCCGCCUCCCCUCUGGACACAAACGUUGAUGUCCCGCUGGAUGACGACUGA